AUGAAGGAGAACCCAUCCAUACUGCGGCAAAUAGCCUCACUACUACUGCGAACUCAGCAAAAGUCAACAAAACAUGUCUUCCUCACCCAGGAUCCACCGAAAGUGAAGAAGGCGCUGGCCAUAGGCGUCCAUGGCCUCUUCCCAGCUACAUAUCUCAGGGCCAUGAUCGGCCAGCCGACUGGCACAUCCCUCAAAUUCGCCGAUCACGGCGCCGAAGGGAUCCGCAGAUGGGCAGACAGCCAUGGCUGCGAGGACUGCGAGAUCGAGAAGGUCGCCCUCGAGGGCGAGGGCAAGAUUGCCGACAGGGUCGAGAACCUGUGGAAGCUGCUCCUCAACUGGAUAGAUCACAUUAGAGGGGCCGAUCUGAUCAUAGUCUCGUGCCACUCCCAGGGUGUGCCCGUCUCAGUCAUGCUGCUAGCCAAGCUGAUCGAGCUCGGCAUCAUCACCAAUGCCAAGAUCGGGGUGUGCGCCAUGGCCGGGGUCAAUCUGGGGCCUUUCCCCGACUACAAGUCCGGCAUGGGGAUGCUGAUGGGCAGCGCGGCGGAGCUGUGGGAGUUUGCGAACUCGGAGAGCGAGGUCUCGAAGAGGUACGAGGCCUCGCUCAAGGCCGUGCUGGCCUAUGGCGUCCGGAUCACGUACGUCGGCAGCAUCGACGACCAGCUCGUCCCGAUAGAGUCGGCCAUAUACUCGCCGGCCAGCCACCCUUACAUCUACAGGGCCGUGUUCAUAGACGGGAGGAUACACGCGCCCGACUUCAUCGCGCACCUGGUCGGCUUCGCGUGCAAGCUGCGGAACCUCGGCGUGUCCGACCACGGCCUGAUUCGCGAGCUCUCCGUCCCCUUGGCAGGGAGCUUGUAUGGUGGCGAGGGCCAUUCGCGCCUUUAUGACGACGGCCAGGUCUAUGACCUCGCCAUCGCCCACGCCCUCGAAACCACAAACGUAGGCGACGUGCCGUGCGAGAUCCAGAAGUUCGAAGGCCUGACCGCCUCGAACCCCUACCUUCUCCCCUGGAUCAUGCGCGGCCUGCUGGAGGAGGACUUCGUCAAGACGGAGCUGAGCACCGAGACGGAGGAGCUGCUGAAGCAGUUUGACGACUGGAAGCCGACCACCAAGGCGUUGAAGGAUGUCAAGUAUAGACUCGAGGCGGUUAGAUCGAAGCUUUAG